GAUCCACAGCUGAUCGAAUCAAAGAGAUUGAUUGACGAGCUCAAGUUCCAUUCAUUGUUCUCAAUUCUAUUAACAUCUUUUUCUAAUUAAUUUCUAUGAUUAAAUCGUCACAUUAUUACGAAAUAUAAGCUCAUCAUUAUGGAAGAAAAAUUCAUCGCUACAGAGCAUCAACACAUUCGUUUUAAUCCGUUAACCGAAGAGUGGAUUUUAGUAUCGCCUCAUCGAGCUAAACGACCUUGGAGUGGUCAAGUAGAGAAACACAAAGACGUGACGAUACCUGAACGCGACGAAACUAAUCCACUUUGUCCAGGUUCAGUUCGAUCGAAUGGUCAACGUAAUCCUGAUUACGAUUCCACUUUUGUCUUCGACAAUGAUUUUCCAGCUUUACUCGAAUCGGUGCCGAUUCCUGAGAAAAGUACAAGUCCUUUCUUCCAAUCAGCCGCAGCGAAUGGUAAAUGUAAAGUAAUCUGUUUCCACCCGAAGUCAAACAUAACGUUACCUUUAAUGACGAUCGAUGAGAUUAUCGCAGUUAUUAAGAUUUGGAUUAGCGAAUUGACAACUUUGGGUAAACAAUUUACUUGGGUGCAAAUAUUUGAAAACAAGGGGGAAAUGAUGGGCUGUUCGAACCCUCAUCCUCAUUGUCAAAUUUGGGCUUCGUCAUUUCUGCCCAAUGAACCAAUGAAAAAAGACAAAUCUCAGGCCACUUAUUACGCUAAAACGGGUACAAACUUACUGAUUGAUUAUCUCCUCGAAGAGUUGAAAUCAGGUGAACGAUUGGUAACUCAAAAUGACCAUUGGGCUGUUGUAGUCCCUUAUUGGGCAGUUUGGCCUUACGAGACGAUGAUUAUUCCCAAGAAACAAGUAAAACGUUUAAAUGAUUUAAAUGAAAAUCAAGUUGAACAAUUAGCUGAUAUAAUGAAAAGAUUAACCACUCGUUAUGACAAUUUAUUCAAAAUGUCUUUUCCUUAUUCAAUGGGCUGGCAUGGCGCUCCUACCGGUGAAUAUGCCGAUCGAAAUGUUGACCAUUGGACUCUUCAUGCGGUCUAUUAUCCACCUCUACUUCGUUCUGCCACAAUUAAGAAAUUCAUGGUUGGAUAUGAGAUGUUAGCACAACCCCAGAGAGACAUUACACCCGAACAGGCUGCUGCAACUUUGAGAAAUCUUCCCGAAAAACAUUACAAAUCAACCGAUUAAUGAUUAACGCAAAUUCUUCUGGUGAUUAUUUAGUAGUACAAAUUCCGUAGGAACAAAGAAUUACAAAUUUUAUGGAACUUUCGAGUAACCGAUUAGAUGAUAUGUUUGUCCAAAUAAUUAGAAGCAACAAUUAGAAUUAACAAAUAAAAGUAACAAUUUGAACUCUAA